AUGUUAAUUUCGGUUAAAGAAAAAUUACACAACAAGAAUAAUAUUUUUAAAGUAAUUCAAAUCCAUCUCGAAAUAACAAUGAAAUAUCUUUUAUUGUAUUUGUUGAUAGUUGUAAUAAUCUUCAUUAUUUUACCAUCAUAUAGUUUAUUGUUUAUCUCUGUUCGUCCAUUUUCAACACCUUAUUGGUAUGAAGAUGUAUUAGCAUACAAAUCAAAUGCAAAAUUUCAAAAUAAUUUUGUUGAUUUUUCUCGAUUGAAUUAUAGUGGCGAAUGUGGAGAAGUAUUUAAAUAUCGUCCUAACAAUGAUCGUGACUAUAUCAUAGGUUCUUAUGAUUUUAAUAACGAAGUUCCUUGUAUUCCCAAACAAAUGUGGGACACUUUAAUAAUGGCACGCACGUCUAUGCCACACUCACACUUCGUUUUUAUCAUUUAUAACUUUCCAAAGUUGAAUUGUCACGACUUGGAGCGCCUUAAAAAGCUUCACAUAGAAGUUGUGCAUGCGUUUCAUAAUCAAACAGAAGACGCAAGUUGCACGCGAUUUUAUGAUAUUGAAAAUUAUAUCAACAGCAAUUACAACAAGAUUGACCGACUUGUUUUGGUUGACAUAACCGACACACUCUUUUAUGGAGACUUUUUUGCUACAUUCAAUGACGAAGAAAUUGCUUUUUUGAGUGAGUGUUUUGGUACUCAAAUCACUGAAAACUGUUGGGGUCCGUAUUUAAAAUCGGACCACUACCACCAGCUUUUUAAAUACUUUGGGAAACAAAUUGCCAAUGAUAUUUCUCGGACGGGGUUUAUCGAGAUAAACGCAGGAUUUGUGUUUGGAGGGAUCGAAAAGAUAAAAAGAUUUGUUGAAGUCUACAACACAUAUUUGGACAGAAAAAAGAUGCAAUGGGGAUAUGAUCAAAGUCUAUUGAAUGUACUUAUGUAUAACGGAACGUUUUCUAACAUUGGGACAAAAACAAUAUCAUGUGAACAACGAUUGUGUUAUAUUGGACGUGAGGCAUUUACUCUUGAAAAUAAAACAAUUUAUUUCAAUGGAACUCGAUGCUCACCAGUCGCUAGUUAUAAAUUUACAGCUAAAAAUACAGUCGAAUGGGUUGUCGGGUGA